GUCGACCGACACUUGACAGUAGCAUAAAUUCUUUCUUUCUCGUGUAGCACGUUGCGUCGAACGUGUGAAAAUGAGUUCCCUAAAACUCCAAAAGAGGCUGGCAGCCUCUGUGAUGCGAUGUGGCAAGAAAAAAGUUUGGUUAGAUCCUAACGAAAUCAAUGAGAUCGCCAACACCAACUCCAGGCAAAACAUCCGUAAAUUGAUCAAGGAUGGUUUGAUCAUCAAGAAACCUGUAGCAGUACACUCUAGGGCCCGUGUACGUAAAAAUACUGAGGCUCGCAGGAAGGGAAGGCAUUGUGGUUUUGGUAAGAGGAAAGGUACUGCCAAUGCUCGUAUGCCCCAAAAGGAAUUGUGGAUUCAAAGAAUGAGAGUACUGAGACGCCUUUUGAAGAAAUACAGGGAAGCCAAGAAAAUCGACAGACAUCUGUACCACUCCCUGUACAUGAAGGCGAAGGGUAACGUGUUCAAGAACAAGAGAGUCUUGAUGGAAUACAUCCACAAAAAGAAGGCAGAGAAGGCGCGUGCCAAGAUGUUGUCAGACCAGGCCAAUGCCAGAAGGCAAAAGGUCAAACAAGCGCGUGAGAGACGUGAAGAAAGGAUUGCUACCAAGAAGCAAGAGGUUCUUCAAAACUAUCAAAAGGAAGACGAGGCCGCCGCUGCCAAGAAAUAAAUAGUUUUAUGUUAUUGAUAAUAAAAACUUCUAAAAAU